UCCGCUGCACGUUAACUGCUGCUACAGGUAAAAUUGAUGGAAGUGGCACACAGGUAAAAAAACCUCGAACAAGGGUACAGAGGAUCUUUCUAAAAUUUCGAUGGUACUUAUGGCACACAUGUAAAAGACUCCAUUUUUAAUGCUAGUGACACGCUCCACCAAACUCUCGACUCCCGGAGUGAGUUCGCUCCCCUCCACCGUUCCCCCCAAAUGUCCCGACACCACCUCGCCGUCGCCGCCGCCGCCGCAGUGCUGUUCCUCCUCUCGCCGCCGCCUUGCGCAGCCGACCCCGACGACGAGCGGUGCCUGUCUCACCUCCACCAGUCCCUCUCCGACCCCUCCGGUGGACUCCGCAACUGGACCAAGGCGGCGUUCUCGGCGCCGUGCGAGGGCUUCUACUCGCACCUUCAGGGCGUGACCUGCAACAACGGGCGCGUGUACAAACUUGCCCUCCCGGGGCUGUCCCUCGGCGGCACCAUCCCGCCUGAGCUCUCCAACUGCACCAACCUCCAGUCGCUGGACCUCUCCGCCAACACGCUGUCCGGCGCCAUCCCACCGGAGCUCUCCGCGCUGCUGAACCUCGCCGUGCUCAAUCUCUCCUCCAACGCGCUUUCCGGCGCCAUCCCGCGGGAACUCGCCAGCUGCGCCUACCUCAACGUCAUAGAUCUCCACGGCAACCAGCUGUCCGGCCCCAUCCCUGACGAGCUCGGCCUCCUCGUCCGGCUCUCCACCUUCGACGUCUCCUACAACCGCCUCUCGGGCCCCAUCCCUGUGCUCCUUGCCAACCGCACCAGUGGCGGCACGGCGGCCGUCGGGACGGCGAGGUUCAAUGCCAGCUCGUUUGCGGGGAACAAGGACCUGUACGGGUACCCGCUGCCGCCGCUGCGGACGCGGGGCCUCUCCGUGCUCGCCAUCGUCAGCAUCGGCCUUGGAAGCGGGCUGCUCAGCCUCGUGCUCAGCUUCUCCGCCGUCUGCCUGUGGCUCCGCGCAACGGACCGCACUGCCACCACCCCCGGCGAGGAGGGCAAGAUUUCCCAGCUCAUGCCGGACUACUGAAUCCAUCAAAGGUUGCAAGUUUGGACUUGGGGAUGCCUUGCAAUUGAACUGAACCAGAUGGACUUAUCAUCUUUUUUUGAAAGGUUGGACUUAUCAUCUUGGUUUGCAACAAAGACUCCAUCUUGGGCACAUUUCAAUUAGAUUCCUGAUGCCAAGAUAGGAUCCUGGAACGGGAUCAGAGCAGACAUCUUCUUGGAGACCGUAGUGGAUCUAAUCUAAUUGGAGACCUGAAUUGCUGUAAUUUUUAAUUACUGAUGAUUUUUUUGGGUUUUUUUCACUUGGACUGUUUGGCAGAGGGGCAGUUCGUACGUAUGUUAGACAUUGGACUUGUGUUUAUACUGAGGAAUAUUCUUCUGCAUACAACUGGUUUUGCUGCCUC